GCUGUGCGCGUAAAGUCUCCGCCGGCAGGUUUUUGGUCCGACCGGACCCCGACACAGUAAGAAGUGUCAGAUGGUCUCGUUAACAACACGUGAGAAAAAUCAGUAUCUGGAAGAAAGGGAAAUACGGAGAAAACCCGGAGAGAACUGACAGGAAAAUUACGCGGAAGAGAAGUUUGGGGAGAGAGCUGGACCUGGAGGAGACUGCGGAGUUCUGAAUGAGGGAAUGCAGAAAAGGGGAGCAGACAGACGGCCAGAGUACCAGACAUGAGUCCGAGGUGGCGGACUGAAGACGAUGCUGGAUGCCAUGGAUGUUCCAAGUCAUGCUAGGGAUCUCCUGCUGCAGCUCAACAGCCAGCGAACCAAGGGCUUCCUGUGUGAUGUCAUCAUUGUGGUGCAGAACGCCCUCUUCAGAGCUCACAAGAACAUUCUGGCUGCCAGUAGCCUCUACUUGAAAUCUUUGGUGGUCCACGACAAUCUCAUCAACCUUGACCACGAGAUGGUGAGUCCUGGGGUCUUCAGGGUCAUUCUGGACUAUAUCUACACAGGCCGCCUUACUGAGGGAGACCCCACCUCUCCCACUGAACCGAAUCUAGGGGCCGUGUUGGCAGCAGCUAGUUACCUGCAGCUGCUUGACCUAGUGGCCUUGUGUAAAAAGAAGCUGAAAAGAAAUGGCAAGUACCCUCCACGCCCAAGUCCUGCAUUUCUGCCCUACCCAAAGAUGGGGCCUGCCAGUUUGGGUAUAGGAGGUGGGGGCAGGUAUAGAGUUUCUACACCUGUCAUUCAGUCCUGCCACAGCCAUGCAUCCCGGGCACCACCACUAGAGGAGCUGGUUCCCCAUCGACUAGCCAUCCAUGCUGGGGAGCUGUAUGCCCCCACCUCCACCCAGGGCUCUCAGGUGUUCCCCUCCCUGCAGCCAGCUCUGGUCGCGCAGCUCGGCCGUUCAGCCCACCCAGAGAGGAACUGCUCCCCCAACUUUGGCCUUGAUCUCUCCAAGAAAAGCCCAAACUCCCAGUCCCAGCACACACCCUCCCAUCUGGCAAACACCCACAAUGAAGAGGAGCGAGAUGGAACCCAGAGUGAGCGCAACAGCCCCAUGCAGGGGACCAACGGGAGGGCCUUCACCUCGGAAAAAAUGGAGUCCACAGAUCAGGCGAGCUCCCUAACUCCUCCACCUUUCCCCCAUCUCAACCAGCCUCUCGCCCCGCACCUCCCCCACGUGCACCGCUCGGGCUCCCAGAGCACAGAUCGCUACCUGUGCCCCCCCAGCCCUGACAACCCCACAGACGGUGGAGAGGCAGGCAGAGACAUGGGCAACAUCUAUCGCUGGGUGAAACCUGAGCCAUACGCAGCUGAAGAUGAAGAUGAGGAUGAGGAUGAUGAGGAAGGGGGUGAAAAUGGAGACCAGCACCAUAACCACAACAAAACUGGGGAGGACAGUGAAGGAGCGGACGACAAGAGUGGGUCGGGCACAGAGGAGACAGGCAGCAGCGAAGGUCGCCCUUCUCCCCCUGGAGCGAUGGGGAGGUUCCACAUGCCUUACGAGCCAGAGAGCUUCGGGGACAAUCUGUACGUCUGCAUCCCCUGUGACAAAGGUUUCCCGAGCUCGGAGCAGCUCAACGCACAUGUGGAGACGCACACAGAGGAGGAGCUGUACGGCAAUUCUGGAGGGGAGAUGGGGAACAUCAAUAACACCAGCACCAAAAACAUGAGCAGCAAUACAAAUGGUUACGGGAGCCUGAACAGCAGCAACAACUUGAACAGUCUGUCCCACCUGGACACCAAAUCCAGCCAGGGUUUGGGUUCAGGCGGCAUCAUGGAGAUGAUGCGACCUUACCGCUGCUCCUCCUGCGAAAAGUCCUACAAAGACCCCGCCACUCUGCGCCAGCACGAGAAGACCCACUGGCUGACCCGGCCUUACCCCUGCAGCAUCUGCGGCAAGAAGUUCACGCAGCGUGGCACCAUGACACGCCACAUGCGGAGCCACCUGGGCCUUAAACCCUUCGCCUGCGACUCCUGCGGGAUGCGCUUCACCCGGCAGUAUCGCCUCACGGAGCACAUGCGCAUACACUCAGGGGAGAAGCCCUAUGAAUGUCAGGUGUGCGGCGGAAAGUUUGCCCAGCAGCGCAACCUCAUCAGCCACAUGAAGAUGCACAGCAGUGGAGGAAGCGCCGGGGGUUUGACAGAUGGGAAACUGAAGCUGGACUUUACAGAGGGCAUCUAUCCUCUGAGUAAAUAUGCAGCAGAGCAUCUGGGCCUGAAGCAGGAGAAAGCUAACGAGCUUCUCAUCCAAGCUCAGCAGCAACUGGUGGCCGAUGCAAAGGCCAUGGAGAGCCUCUACCCGCUGUCCAAACUGGCCUCAGAGCACCUGGGCCUCUCCCACGACAAGAUGGACAUCCUUGGCCAAGCCCUCCCCCCUCCUUCACAGGCCCUCUCUGAAGCUCGCAUCAUUGACCGCUACUCCCCCAGCUAAGACCACCUGACUGGUUAAAAAAUGGAAAUCACCAAAUAGGUCUGUGUGCACACACUUUUUUGCAGUAUUCAAAAGCCAUUCACCUCAACACAGUAUCUCCUCUGCACCUCAGACUCAGGCCAAAAGGAAUUGGUCUGCUAAUGCAUACCAACAUGUGUAAACUGUAAGUGCCUUAAAUGCAUCUAAUGUAUCUUAAAGUUCUUCUUCUUAAAGGAGCUCUGUGCCUUUCUGUGACCAAAGGACUCUCACUCAAAGACGUACAGUAUUUAUGUCCAGUGUAUGCAUACAAACAUUUCUAAAAAAAAAUCACAGCCAUUGAGCCAAACUUUACAAAUUGAAAACCAAAAUGAAAUUGUGUUAUUUAUUUUUGUAUCAUGGUGAAAUCCAAAGAGAAACUGUUGCAAGGAAGCGUUGCAACCUGACCCUAAACCUGUGUACAAAAAAAAAGAAGAAGACAAAAAGCACAUAAGGACAAGAUUCAGGGUUCUCGGUCCAGACCUGAGCGGAACUUUUACCAAAUGAAUAAGCCAACUCUUCUGGACUUUAAAGUAAUGAGAUGAUGUAUUUUUAUGUUUUUUUUUUUGUUUGUGGGGUACUGGACAGUUUUUGUAUCUCAAUCUCCAACUUCACCCAAUCACAUCCCUGCUUCCCAAUGGAAAACAAAUUACAAUACAGUAUGAGCAAGUUCUUCAGCAUUUUGGCUGAGUCUCAUUUUCUUAAUAUAGUAAAGUUACCCACUUCCUUAACAGAUCUUUUGUGACAGUAUUGUUAGCUAAGUAUUGUGAGCCUUAAACUCAUCUUCAACUUGAGCUAAAGCUUCCUUUAAUAGUUUGACUAACAUCCCUCAGCUUUCAGUUGUUAUUGAAAAAAGCAGAAAGCACAGCCCUGUGAUGUCAGAACUGGGACAUGAUUGCACAUACCCAACUGAUGACACACUGAUCCCUGCUUAUUAUGAGUGUAGCUUCAUCGAAGAAAGGGUGUUGUCUCUGAAUUGUUUCGGUAUUAACAAUAGCGUAAGAAGCCAAGCAUAGAGGCAGGGGACAGGUCAGAAUUAAUGACAUAAAAAUAUGUCGUUUACUGUCAGGAGGAAUAACUAAAUUCACAUUAGCCUGAUGAUUAAUCGUGCAGCAGCAGUAGUCAGAUUCUGCUCCGCUGUCCCACCUCCCUGCUACUGUUGACAGGCCAAUUGAGUGCUGCAGGAACACACAGACCCCCCCCCUUUUUCUCUGCACAUACACAUAGCAGCAUGCUAAUCUGCCCAUGAUAGGAACAUAAGAAGGGGUUUGUGGGUCUUCCCUGGAAGCCGGCGUGUGAACUGCAGCACACCCCAGCUGCUGUGCCUCAGUAAUCCCUGUGAAAUCUCACUUUCUCCAGGACAAUUCGCACUGCUCGCCAGCAUCAUGUCCCAUUUCAUGCCUGCCAUCUUACCCCUCUGAUCCACUUAUUAGCACCUCAUUCAAGCCCAGCAAGUGUCUCCCUCCAUCUCCCCUCUCCGUCCCUGCUGGAAGGCAAACGCAGAAAUAUCAAAGAAUAUUUCUGCGUUCGCUGACCAGCAAUUCUUCCAGCUUGAAAACAAAAGAGCACUUAAAGGUUGCGGGAAGACGGCACAUUUUUUUUUUUGUUUUUUUCCAAAGAACAUUCUUGCUCUUUUCUUGCUCUUUGUCUUUUUUUUUCCACUUUCAUUGUUGAUUCAGAUCAGAAAUGUCUGACCACUAUAGUGCCAACGCCAACCUCAGUGGGUGAAUGUGAAGAUUAAAGCCAUAAAUACACUGUGAUAGACGUAGUGAAUCUUAGAGGCUUAGAAAAAUUACAGAGAAUUACAUGUGCCUGACUCUUGGGAUUGUUUUUUUUAAUUUUUUUUUCAAGUAUAGUAAAUUAAGGGCUUCUUCUCUGUAGCAUUUGAUCAUAUCAAACAUGUUGUUUUCUGUCACUUCCUUUUUCUUUAGUUUGAUUUGAAAUGAAAGCAGCGCACGUGAAACUGGUGCUUACCUCAGGACUGAACCCAGCAUGGGGGCGCUAAGCUUUACUUAACCUUUAUAAGCAAUUCAUCACACACACCUUUUUUUAAUUUCAUUAUUUACAGGGCAUUCGUCCUGUGUUAAACCUGUGGUUAUUCAUGUGUUUAUACAUUUCGUGUUACUUUCAUGAGGGAGAGAUAAUAUGUGAUAUUAACAUUUUUUAAAACUUUUUUCUAUGCUGUAUACAUUUUUCUAUUGCGUGUCCUCAAAGAGGCUUCUGAUGGUCUGACCAACUCCAUUUUUAUAACACGAGGCAAAGCCAUUUCAGUAGCAUCUAAACUGGCUGUUUGUGAAUUCCUGAACUACACUUCAGCGAAAAGGAUGGCAUUAGUAUCUGGUUUCAAACAGACAUACAGACAAGUUAAGGUUGCAAGUGUAACAUUUUGAAACUUCUCUUUAAGACAUGAUGUGUUAUCAGUUCUUCCCUUAGACAGAUGAGCAUUUUUUUUUUUUUUGCAGGGCUAGCAUGACACCAGCCUCAUAUUGU